AUGAAGUGUCAGAAAGUACAGUACUUCGGCAAAGCCAACGGGGACGAGCCUACCUUCAAGGAAUUUGGGGCCCUUCUUCAUAGCGACGGCGGUACCCUGACCAUUGGAAAGACAACAUAUCGCAUUCAGGUAAUUAAGAAGCAGCAGGCAAAUGAGCAACAGCCACAGUUGGACGACACAAACAGAGAGAUGGAAAUGGUGGUGUCGCAUUGGGGGGGAAGUCGGAUGUUGUCCGAGCAGGCGGCAGGCAAAAUAGUGGAGGUGGUUCCUCCAAAGGAAGACUACAAUUGGUACCUGGGUAAACAGGGCCAGCCCUUCUACCUCAGGUCUUGUGUUCAAGAUAUGGGAUCUGUCAUCUUGGACCGUAUAUUGUAUCAACAGAAGCCAGGUCCAGUAUUGUAUGUCAUAAGUGGCGCAUCUGGAAUUGGAAAGAGCUGGUUCAUCAAUGCAUUCAUGACAGAGCUUCUCCGUGCAAAAAAGAAGAUAUUCUUCCACUCUGGGUAUGACGGACGUGCAUGGAAGAUCAGCGGCGUCGGUGGUGUUGAGCAUGGUGUUGCCCCUGGAAACAUCACAGCGUUGGACAACGAGUGGGUCUAUGUUUAUGAUUCACCUGGAUCGAAAGAAACUCUGGAGCAAAAAAAAAACACUGCAAGGGUCAGGACUGGUCCAGGGGAAGUAACAUUGAUUUUUUCCUCCCCCAAGGCACAAAAUUACCAGUUUGCUUUUGACACAAGCAAUGGUGAUCCGAGGAUCAUGAAUCUUCCAACUUGGAAAAAAGAAGAGAUGUUGACGGUCAAAGAAAAAGAUGCUGGAGCUGUAGAUGCGUCCUAUGGCAUAUGGGGUGGUAACAUGCGAGCCUUGGACAGCUUCAUAGCACGGCACACCGAUGAUCAAGAAAACGCGAAAAAACUGGCAGUAGAGGAACUCGAUGCGCUCAUUGAACAAAUCGAUGAGGGUUUCGCCAGAAAGAUGGCCAGAAAGCUGGAAAGGCAGGAAGUACAGAGGCAGUUCUCUGGUAAGGCUGUCAACAAUUCCCCUGGUCAUAUCCUUACACCAGAGCCCACAAACAUUAAUCCAAGGGAGAGUGAUUGUUUCAAAAACUUCAGAUGGCACUUCUGCUCCCCUUUGGCAGAAGUGAAGUUCUGGGAACACACGAAGCGUAUGGACCAUGGUGUUCUGAAGGAUUUGCUGAUCAGCGUCUUUAAGACGCCUUCCCCUAAAGGUGUCUUGUUUGAAAAGGUCGUUCACAUUCUGAUCACCAAUGGUGUCAUCCAACAGUUCCAGUGCUACCCCUACAAACCGAAACAUCAAGUGAGGCAGAUCAAGUUUCAGGAGUGCCAGAAGGUCAUCAGUUUUGAAACCGAUAAACUGCAAGAUGAGUUGGGGCGAGCGCUUCUGCUACUGUGCGACAAAGCUGGUGCUGUUGCAUUGGAACCCAUAGAAACCUCUUUUGACGCUGUGGAUAUGUUUGUUUUGGGAAAAAAGGAAGGUACAACCGAAACCAUAGAGGACUGGUCUCUUCACAUGAUACAGGACACAAUUUCCAAGACACACAGCUUCCACCCGUUGAAAGUGUUGUGGUAUUGCUCUGUUUUCAGCAAGGCCUUCCAGGAGAAAUUCCAAAAUGCAAAAGGUGAUCCGCUCAUGUGCUGCAAUUACGUCCCGGUUGUCCCGGAAAAAGAGAAAACUUUCACGUUCAAGAAGGCAACCGGUGACUUGACCUGGGAUGAGCUUGACGGUGUGGAAAAGCUUCUAGGAGAUUUCACUUGGCUCCCUGAGUUUUCUUCAACGACGUUUAAGUCAAAGAAACCCAACUGGGAAGCUGUGGUGAAGAACCACAGUUUGGUAAUUCCGUUGAAUGCCAAUGGAACGAAAAGGCAACUGAAUAGGAGAGUAGUUGGCAAUGCCCUGCUUCCAGAAACAGAAAAAGUGGAACACAUGUCCCAAGUGAUUUUCAAUGUCGAUGCUUGA